AUGGCGCCGAGUAUACUGCAGACUAUCAUCAGCCAUGGGGUGCCAUCGUAUAGAUCAUCUUCAAAUAUUGUCAUGAAUGCGGAUAAUACGAAGCAGAAUAUAACUGAAAGUGAAAGAACGACAUGCAAUAAGAACAAAUUCAUUUCAUCAAAUACAAGGCUAAAGGCACUGAAGCAUAAAGACGAGAGUGAUAAUCAAAUUGAGGGAAUACACAGAAGCACUGAACAAAAGCGAAGCACUAAUUUAUCAACAUGUGCAGAGAAGAGCGCUUGUGAGUGUAUGUGCAUUGUAUCGAUGGAAGAUGAUCUUUUCUUGAGUGAACUUUCCUUAGAGCCAGCCUAUGAAGAAGGAUUACCAGAUGGUUCCAACACUACACUAGUUACUCGGAAAUCUUUAUUCGAUAGGAUGCAACAACAAGACCUACCUAAUUUCAACAAAAAAUUAUAUAUCUUGUCCAGCCGGAUUCCCAAGAGGAGCUCGGCCUCCUGCACGCCUCCCUUCCUGCAGGCGCCCAUGUUCAUACCUAGUUCUUUCAUAAGGUACAACGUAACAUUUCUCUUAAAACUCUAA